UUAGGUACUUCGCUUCAGUUGCGAUGCGGCUCGUAAGACCGGCCCGGCCACACCACAGGGUAAGGUAGGGGCGACGAUGGCAGUUUGCAUCAGCUUUCCCUCUCAACCCUCUACAGUGAACUACCUCCCUGCCGUGCAAUUUUGAGCCAACUCCCAUGACCGGCACGGAAAUUCCGGUCUUGAAAGUGGGAGGGGAUUUCAAGGACAAGCAAUUGAAAUUUUCUUGCGAGCGGCGAACUCGGUCGUGGAGCACGCAAUUCCAAGCCCCGAGGCAAAUGUCAUGCUCACGCCGAGAGCUUGGGUCGGCACACGGCAAUACUCAUCUUCCGGGCUUGUCCGACAGCCAUCUUUCUGUCACUGCACAAUACCAUAUACCACAGUCCGACUGUACGUACAGCACCAAUAUCUUCAACUCCCACGUGCCCAC